AAGAUUGAAAUCUUAGGGUCGAAGAAAUGAUCAUCAAAAUGAUCACAAGACCUUUCGGGAUUUCCAGAUAGAGCGCGAAGAUGGACAUGAUUAAGGGUUACUCUUUCUUUGCUCUCUUCCUCGUUUUGACCAUUUGCAUCAGCUCAAAGACAGCAGCUUCUGUGCGCUCUAAAGAUCCUCUCGAAGCCAUUCUUGGAAAUACAGCCAGGGAAAACUUUGCUGCUUGGACAAAUAGAGAACUGAACGCAGCAUUGACUCAAGCGCCAAGUCCAGCCACUCAAGGACUUAAUGACACACUUUUAUUGGCCGGAGAUAGGACAAGAAGGCCAGACAUUCUUUCUAGGUUUCACAAGUACAAGGGUGGAUGGGAUAUUGUCAAUAAACACUACUGGGCUUCUGUUGGGUUUACAGGAGCUGCUGGUUUCAUUCUUUCUGUGCUAUGGUUUGCUUUUUUUGGAUUGGCACUCAUGGUGCAUUAUUGUGUUGGAUGGAGAAUUAAGAUUCCUUUCAUGACUAAAGAAUCACGCUGCUCUGAUAGGGUUUGCCUUAUUGUGCUUAUUCUCUUCACGUGCACUGCAGCGAUUGGAUGCAUUCUACUUUCUAUUGGACAGGAUAAAUUUCGAGUGGAAUCCUUGGAUACCCUAAAAUUUGUUGUUAACCAAUCUGACUAUGCUGUUCUGACUUUGAGAAAUGUGACACAAUACCUGACACUUGCAAAAACAGUCAAAGUUGCCCAGAUGUUUCUUCCUUCUAAUGCCAUAGAUGAUAUUGACCGGCUGAAUGGGGACUUAAAUGAGGCAGCAGAUACACUUGAGGAGAAAACAAAUGUUAACUCUAGCAGAAUUAGAAGAGUCUUCAAUCUUGUUCGCAUGGCAUUGAUCACUGUCGCAGCAGUGAUGCUUAUAAGUUCUCUUUUUGGUCUUUGCUUAUCUAUCAGAGGCCAUAAACACACAAUUCAUAUAUUCAUUAUUAGCGGAUGGCUAUUAGUUUCUGUCACACUUAUUCUCUGUGGAGUUUUUGUCAUCAUUAACAAUGUGAUUGCGGACACUUGUGUGGCCAUGGGAGAAUGGGUUGACAACCCUCAAGCGGAAACGGCUCUUAGCAACAUCCUUCCUUGUGUAGACCAAAGUACAACCAACCGGUCAUUGAUCAAGAGCAAACAAGUCGUUGUUGACAUUGUAGAUAUCGUCAAUGCAUUUGUAGACACCUACGCCAAUUCGGAUCCACUGGAUCCUCGCAAUUCCAUUAAUUACAACCAAUCAGGGCCAUUGAUACCUCAUCUCUGUUACCCUUAUGACUCAAGGCUGCAAGAUCUUCCUUGUCCAGCACAACAGGUUUCUAUGGAAAAUUCUUCAUUGGUAUGGCAAAAUUACAUCUGCAACGUUUCAGAAGCGGGUGUGUGCAGCAGUGUAGGGAGAUUGUUGCCUGAUAUGUAUAGACAGCUUGUGGCGGCAGUGAACAUCAGCUACGCUCUUGAACACUAUGCCCCGCCAAUGCUCAACCUGCAGAAUUGCAAUUUUGUACGUGAUGCCUUCAGAAACAUCACCUCCCAGCAUUGCCCCCGUUUGGAACGCGAGGUCCGAACCGUAUAUGCAGGGCUGGCUUUGAUCUCUGUGGGGCUCAUGCUUAGCCUUGCACUUUGGAUGGUAUAUGCAAACCGCCCCCGAAGGGAGGAAGUGUUUGAGAGGCUCUUCAAGAAUAGAGGGUGGUUCCUCUGUUAAGAAAAGACUCAAUCCAUGGUUUUCGGCGUUUUCCUAGUGAUGUACGGUAGAUUACGAUUUUAUUGGCACAAGAGUGGAGUGGAGUGCGCCAUUCUUGGGCUGCUGAGGUUGAGAGCCAUAUCGUCAUCUACAAUGGCUCUUGUGUAUAUAAUACAUAUUUUUGUUGUUCUGGUUUACUCUUCAAGUUAAGUUUCAUUUUCAGUUGUACUAGGAUUUUUACAAAAACUUGUUUAGUGGGAAAAAUAUAAUAUCAAAACUAGGAGAUGAAAUUUAGAAAGAAUGACCAAUACACGACUACAAUAAAUAGUGUAAAAAUGUAAUGCAAUCAUAGUAAUUGU